AUGCUGACUCAAAGAUUUUACAUGAUUCAAUUUACUAAAGAAGAAUAAUCUUCUGAAGAAAAGUACUUAAAAACAAGAGAAAGAGAAGAAGAUAGAAAGAAAGAAUUGAUGCAUCCAUAGAAAGUGUUAAAUAAAAAAGAAAAUAAAAGAAAAGCAUUAUUAAGUAAAAAUUAACAAAACAAAAAAUUAAUAAAAUAUCUGAAUCUUAAUAAAAGAUAAGAAAAGUUAAUAAAUAUUAAUUAAGAAGAAAUGUCUAUCUUACCUCCUCUCCAAUAUACUUACUCUAACGAAGAAAGCUUAGAACUUUUGAUCCACUCCAUUAAGGGUAAUAAAGACUGUAAUUCUGAAAGAAAGGCCUUCAACUUAUGUAGAUCUACCGUCCUUGGUAAGCACGUAGAACCUGAAAAAUGUCUUGACAAGGCUUUGGUUUUUGUUAAUUGCUUCUAAAAAGUGAGAAGAGACGAAUCUGCUGCUUGCUAAUCUGCUUUUAAUUCUACUUUAGAAUGUGGUAAGAAGUAUAGUGAAUCAACCAUUUCUUUGGGUAGCUCUUGCCAAUCUUAAUUGGAUGCCUAUCUUAACUGCAAAUGA